AUGUUGGUACUCAACAAAUCCUCGACUUGUGAUGUCUGUAUGGAAGGCUACAUGACUGGCAGGAAUUCACCACACUCGAUUCCUUGUGGACAUGUAUUCUGCCAGAAGUGUCUCGGUCAUCUUUUGCGCCACACAUGUCCCCUUUGUCGGACUCGAUUUUCCCCUCAGGACGUCCGCAGGCUUCACAUUGAUGAUAUGCAGUCGCCU